AUGAAUAGUGUUGAGAGUAAACUUGAUAAAGCUUUUGUAAUUCAAGGAAACGAUAAUGGAAAUAAUUAUCAAGAUGUUUACAUAGACCCAAUAACAGGGUUUACAUUUACCACAACCACAUCAUCUACAACCACAGAUUUUACAGGUUCAAUCCUAAAAUCAAAAAUCGACAGAAGAAGCAUUUCAUUGCAAUCCAGCGAAAGUGAUCAAAUUAAUUUAGAUUUAAAAAAUGAUAUUAAUGGUAAUAGUGAAAAUAUAUUAGAAAGAGACAUUGAAGAGAAUGUUACUACGGAGGCAAAUUUUAGUGAAAAAUCUAUAUCAUCAUCAGUUAAUGAUCUUCAACAUUUGGUUGAACAACGUGAACGUCAAUUAAUGAGUGCAAUUGAACAAAAUGCCAUGCUAAAUGAUUCAUUGGAACAAUUAAAAUUACAAUUAAAAGACUUGGAAGAACUUAAAGCUGCAGAAUCAAAGAUUUCACAAGAAAGAAUUGAUCGACUAGAAAAUCAAUUACAAAAAUCUAAUUUAGAGUUGAAUACAGUGAGACAAAAAAUUUCUAAUUCAGAGGACUCUUCAUCAACACAAGAUUUACUUGAAUAUCAACGUAAUCUUUUAUCAGAAAAAGAAGACCAAAUUACUGGACUUUUAGCUGAAGUUAUGUUUCAACUUAAAAAUAAAUUUCUUGGUAUUGAUGCAAGUGUAACAUUAUGUAAUUAA